UCACUGAAACACUCGGUAUUGGGCUUCAUUACAUUGUAAACCCAGAGCUUUUCUUUAUUUCGCGAUUUAAAAUGCAGCAGUUUCAUAAAAAAAUGUUCACAACUGAAACUCGUGCUCUGCAAUCAAACAGAAAUUUGUUAAAAUAAUGAUAUCCACAAUCUCGAUGAAUUUUCAAUACACCUAGAUUAUAAAUUGAAUAAUUUUAAAAGGCAAAUAAUAAAGAUUUGGUCCGGUUGAGGUGGAAAAAAUGCAUGCUCAUGAUGACAACGUCUAGGUCUUGUAUCCAACAGAAGAUUUGGCUUGGAUUCAUCAUUGGAUUAGUAACUUGUUCCAAAUCAUACAGUUCAUCACUUUAUGAAAUCAACAUAAAUGGCUUCUUGCAAAUGGAACAAGAUAUGUUAUUAAAAUUGCAGAACUACAUUUCACAAGAACAAGAUCGUGUGAACCAAUUAAAAGCAUUUUUACAAGACUGGAAAGAAUGGCGAAACAGCAAUGCCAAUCAAGAGGCCGAGUACAUCACCAUCCCUCAAAAUCUAUUUCAUUUAUUCAAAAAAUUAACUCUCGAUUUUAGCGAAAUCGAAAAAUAUUUAUCAGAAAACAGAUCAAAAAAUCUCAUGAUUUUGGAUGAAAUUAAGGUACCCACCGAUGAUCAUCUUAGACAAUCCGUCUGGCAAUUAAUAAGCCUCCAAUAUCAAAACAAUUUGAAAGUAGAAGACAUGAUGAAGGGAAAUUUGAUGGGAGUAAAGUUGAACACAUCUCUAACUCUAGAUUCAUGUUACUUCAUAGGGAAAACAUGUUCGGAAUAUAAUAAUCAUAUAUGCGCAGAAGACUGGUUAAUGACAUGCUUAAUGUUAUCAUAUAAGACGAAUACAACUACUCAUAUGGCUCCAAAAUUCUAUCGAUUGCUAUGCCCUUCCUAUAUGCAUUUGAACAGUAAAAUAUCUGCUUUCCAAUGCGCUCUUUAUUACUUGACAAAACACGAGAAUUUCAAUUUCCCUUUUACACAAAUGGUUUACGAAAUAGGCUCUAAACUGAAUCUGCUCACAGGCACGUUCAGAAUCUUUGCAGAAGGACAUCAAAUCUGUCGCGCUCAUCAUGAAAAUCCAACAAAACCAAACUUGAAAUGCAGAUACAAUCGUGAAAACACAGCUUUUUUGAAAAUAGCCCCGUUAAAGGAAGAGGAACUCUAUGACGCGCCAAAAAUUCUAUACUACAGAGAUGUACUCUACGAUUCGGAAAUCGAAUUCAUUAAAACUGUUUCCAUAGAAAAAGCGAGCAAACAUUUUUUUCAAGUACAACUUGAUCCUGAUCCUGAUGAA